CGUGACCUUGCGUAACGUGUCUGUUCACGAAGGUUGCCGAUUCGGGAAUUUGAUUCCUGCAUUUGACUAUGUGCGAUAACCUUAUAUAAGUGAUACCUACGAGACAUUCAAAGAUCACAAUACAGGAGCCUUUUUAGAGAAAGGCCAUUUUUUCCUGUGACUGCGCAUAGUCAUGGAUGAUAACAUCAAAGUGGAUACCAAUGUCCUCGAUAUAGAAAUCCCUUGCAUUGUUUUCUUCGUCUUGACCCCCAUAUUCCUGAUCAUACGAAUAUCAUCCCGGCUUAAGACAGGCUCGGGCUUAGGAUGGGAUGAUUAUACCAUCAUAGUUUCAUGGACCUUUGCUCAGAUUGUCUCGAGUCUGUUGAUAGUUGCCUGUAUGCAUGGCUUUGGACAACAUAUCUAUGAGAUUACCGUAUCGGAGCAAAUACUCACGCUUGAGCUCUAUUAUAUUGCGCAAGCAUUCUACAAGCUCACAUUGAAUCUGACCAAGGCAUCUGUUAUCUUAUUGUAUCUCCGCAUAUUCCUUCAGCGAUGGUUUAAGAUCUCAUGCUACAUCUUACUGAGUAUCAUUCUGGGAUACAUGGUGGCGACUUUUGCUUCGUCGAUUUGGCAGUGUACCCCCAUCAGCAGAGCAUGGGAUAAAUCCAUACCAGGGACAUGUAUCAGCAUUACUGGUAACUGGUACGCGAAUGCUGGUUUUUCGAUAGCUACGGAUAUUGCGAUACUCGUGUUGCCAAUGCAGCCAAUCUACCGAUCCAGUCUUCCAACGAAGCAGAAAUGGGCGUUGAUAAUCGUUUUUGCUCUAGGCAUCUUCGUCACAAUAACAAGUAUAUUGCGAAUGCAGACGCUUAAUUUCUCUUCCACCAGUUCCGAUCCCACUUACGACGUUGCUUCCUCCACUUGGACAGUCAUCGAAGAAAAUGUUGCUAUUAUCUGCGCAUGUCUGCCCAUGUGUAAGGGGCCUCUCAACUAUAUGUUUCCAUCGAUAUUUGCCUCGCCUCCGAGACGCGUCUCAGCCGGCUUUAAACCAAGCCAGCAUUCGAACAGUUCUAGUCGUAGUUAUUGGGCCCCGAUGCGGGGAGACAAAGAAAUACUAAGUACGCGCGUAACUCGUGUUGAGUGUCGAAAACACUCUACAGGCGGUACCAGCCAGGAGUAUAUGUUAGAAACCGGUUACUCGGGGGACCAGGUCAGCGAUAUUGAAGAAGCUCGGGGUAUUCGGAAGGUUAUUCAAUAUGACAUAACAGUACAGACAUCAGGGGGUAGUAUAGAACCUGUUUGAAGGAUCUAAAUGAUGAGAUCAAUGACUUGAGGUACGUAGAAAAUUGUAUAUACCUGCUACCUGUCUAUGGAUUUAUAGAGUAUGUCCAAAUAAUUAUCACAACCUUAGUGGUGAAAGAUGAAAAAGGGGCCCCCUUUUAUGAGGGGUGCUACACCCCGCACUCAAGUCGCGCCAAGCUGACUAAGUGAAAGCGGGGUUUACAUUGACCCGUUGAUGACGUAAAAGUAGUCCGAUUUUCAUUCCCCUAUACAUGUACCUAAGUAUCUAUCGUUAGCGUGCUUAGCUAAUACGUAGCUCGGGAAGGUCUCUCGAAUUGCUGACUUUCAUUUAUUAAUCAUUAAA